GAAAGAUUUGAUGCUUCUACAUAAUCUCGAUGUGAUGCACAUAGAGAAAAAUGUAUGUGAAAAUAUUCUUUGCACACUACUUAGUAUACCAGGCAAGUCCAAGGACACACAUAAUGCAAGGCUAGAUUUGUAUGAUAUGGGCAUAAGACCUGAACUGCACUUGCAACAAGAUGGCAACUCGGCCUACAGGGCUCCACCUGCUCCAUAUGUGUUGGGGAAGGAUUAGAAAGUCGAGUUUUGCAAGUUCCUCAAAGGUAUCAAGUUUCCUGAUGGAUUUGUAGAUAACCUAGCAAGAUACAUAAGUGAAGAUGGUUCAAAGGUGGUUGGAAAAUUGAAAACACAUUCUUGCCACAUACUCCUACAGAGAAUCAUACCCGUUGGCCUUAGAGGACUAGUGAGGAAGGUUGUAUAUGAAGCAAUUGCAGAGCUGGGGACCUUCUUCAGGGAACUAUGCAGUAGAAAUCUACGAAUAGAUGUUGUGAAACGGCUGAAAGGAGAAAUUCCAUUGAUCCUAUGCAAGCUUGAGAAAAUCUUUCCACCUACCUUCUUUGAUGUCAUGGUGCACUUGUGUGUCCAUCUUCCCGAUGAGGCAAUGCUUAGAGGACCUGUUCAGUAUGGAUGGAUGUACCCAAUAGAAAGGCGACUAGGCACUUUGAAAAAUUUUGUAAGGAACAGGGCUAGGCCGAAAGGAUCAAUUGCUGAGGCAUAUAUGGCAAGUGAUACCUUAACAUUUUGUUCUAGGUACAUGAAGGAUGUUGACACUAGAUUUAACCAGGAUGAUGAUAGUGGUACAGAGAUGCCAUUGCCUAAUGACAUGUCUGUUUUUAAGCAUGGUGCUAAUCUUGUUGGAGCUACUAAGACUGAGUACAUUGAUGAUGCUAUCAUGAAUAAGUUAGUUUGGUAUGUGCUACAUAAUGCUGAUGAAGUAGAGGAAUAUUUGAAGUAACAUGUUUGAGAUUUAAUUUAUGUUUUAUUUAUUAAAUUUGAAAAUAUUCUUAUGAACAAAGUAUGCCAUGCAGUCUGUACAGGGAGGAGCUGACGUCCAAAUGAUGUUGAUCGAAUGGUUCAACAAGGAUUUGCAAAGUGGUUUAUGUCCCAUAUUGAGAAGAAGCGUAAUGAGAAUCCAGAAUUGGUUAGCGAAGGACUGUUGGCACUGUCAUGUGGCCCAGCUUGGCGAGUUAAGACUAGUACAACUUGCAAGAUUAAUGGAGCGCGGUUUAGCACAGUGGAUCGUGAGAAGUUCAUGCAGACACAAAAUAGUGGUGUAAUGACUGAAGGUGAACAUAAUGGGGAGAACAUAGAUUUUUAUGGUGUCCUUAAAGAGGUAAUUGAGUUACAAUAUAACUCGAAUUAUCAAGUUCGUCGGUCGGUGGUUCUAUUUCGAUGCGAUUGGUACAACCAAGUAGGCAAGACUGUGGGCAUUCGAGAUGACAGACAUUUCAAAUCCAUCAAUGUGCAGUCAUUUUGGUACAAGUCUGAUCCUUUUAUCUUGGCAGACCAAGCGAAAAAAAUAUUUUACCUAGAAGACAUAACUCCACAAUGUAAAGAUUUCCGAGUUGUGCAGAAAUUUGAACAUAGGAAUAUUUAUGAUGUGGCUGAAAAAUAUGAGGGCAGUAAUGAUGUGCAUCAGGAUGAUUAUUGUUCUGAUACUGAGCAUAUAGUGCAAGAAGGUGAUGAUAAUCAGGUUCUACACAAUGUUGAAGGUGGAGAUGCCACUCUAAUUGAAGGAAAUUUAGAGGAACUAAUAAGAAAAAGAAGGAAGCUGUUAUUAUUCUUGAAGAUAGUGAGGAUGAGGAGGAAGAUGAUACAAUGCUUCAAUAUUUUAAUGAUGGUGGUGACGACAACAAUGAUGACAUGUCCACAGAAGAUGAAGAUGAGGAUUUCUAGUAUUGAUAGUUGAUAUAUGAACAAGCCUAUUCUUGAGACUAAUACAACAUACUGAAGUGUUCAGUUCAGAUUAGCCAAUAUAACUGUUCAGUUCAAAUUCCUGUUCAGUUCAGUUUAGCCAAUGAUAAUUGUUCAGUUCAGAUUCCUAGAUGGCAUUUUAGAUUCCUGUUCAGUUCAGCCUAGGUAUGCAAUGAAGCCAAUGAUGGAGGCUAGUGUAAUCCUGUUCAGUUUAGCCUAAAUAUGCACAAAAUGUAAAAAGAUUAGCAAGCACAUAUGUUCAGUUACAGCUAAGAAUUGCUUAUACCUUUGGCUCCCA